UUAUAAUUCACGUCGAUGGUAAAAUAAAUUUAUAAUGGAAAGACUAAACCAUUCAUGCUCAGUUGCGCUCUCCUGUGUGUAAAUAAUAAUUUUGCGGCAGUGCUACUUAAAGACGUUAAGUAAACUCUACUUUUUCGCCAUGAUCAUAUCUUUAACAGGAUAUCUUUCGACCUUAUUGUUGCUGACCGAUGCGGUUCGUGGACAGUACUACAGAGAUGAGCGCUGUCGAGUGCAAUCAUCCAGAGGCAUCGGCCGCUGUAUGGUCAUAGGGGAUUGCGCAUACGCUAUACAACAACUACGUCGCAACAUCUACCCCCAGCUGUGUGGUUUUUUGGGCAUUCAACCGAUAGUAUGCUGUCCUGUCCAGGAUGUGGUGAGACCUAAACCAACUACUCGUCCCACAACCACAGCCGCACCACAACUCCAGUCGAGGAGUGCUGAAAGAUGUAAGGACUAUACUGUUCCGGAAGACAUACCAGUUAGUUACGACAUAACGCCAGUCUUAACCGUGGUCGGAGGAGUAAAGGCUUCUGCUGAAGAAUUUCCACACAUGGCAGUUUUAGGUUACGGAGAUGUGAAUGAGAUUCAAUGGCUUUGUGGAGGAGCCUUAAUCAGCGAAAAUUACGUAUUAACAGCUGCGCAUUGUACGACUUCCCAAGAAUAUGGAGACGUUAAAUUUGUCAGACUUGGGGAUUUAAAUUUGAAAGUUGACACAGAUGAUGCUCAACCCCAAACCUUCCGAGUAUCCGAAAUUCAUCGUUAUCCAAAUUAUCAGCCACCUUCGCAAUACCAUGACAUCGCGUUAGUGAAACUAAACCAGAUAGCACGCUUCACAAAAUAUGUCAGACCUGCUUGUUUAAACACUGUGAGGCAUCUUCCUGAAAAUUCUCCUCCUAUCGCUACGGGGUGGGGAAAGUUGGGUUUUGUUGGAGAUUCCAGUGAUGAUCUUAUGAAGGUGACACUAUCGUACUUCAAUAAUGAACGAUGUAAUGCGACUUAUGCCAAUCUGUCUGCAAGACGAUUACCGAAAGGCAUUGUGGAUGACAUGCAAGUGUGCGCAGGUGGAAUUAGCGAGUCAAAAGAUACAUGCCAGGGUGAUUCGGGCGGUCCGUUACAAGUUAGAUCCUUGGACAACUUUAAACUAUUUUACAUAGUUGGUAUUACUUCCUUUGGGAAGGGAUGCGGCAUAAUUAACACUCCAGGAGUAUAUACCAGAGUUUCAAGUUACGUCGACUGGAUUGAAGAUAUAGUAUGGCCUAGAUAGACGUCGCUAACUGUCUAUGAUCAUAGCGUGUAAAUAUGAUGUAUAGUUACUUGUGUUGUAUGAUUUCAUUGGUAUUACCAACUUAUUUGAUAAAAACUAAAACGAAAAACCAAAUAGUUCGCUGACGAUGACAACUUUGCUAUCGAAACGCGUACGUUUGAUUAAAGUUUUAGUGUGGCUUUUUGCAGUUUUUGUUUUAGUUUUUGUUACUUCAGCUGCCGCAAGAGAUGCAGUGUUUCCAAUAACUUAUUUAAUUGGACUGUAAUAAUUGCUGUAAUGCAUUAGGAUAUCUAUUUGAGCUAGAUUGAUUAAAGAUAAAUAAAGCGCU